CUCGCUCACUCACUUGCAGUCUGUAUUUCGGACGCUCGGUCGGUCGGUCGGACGGUCCGUCUGUUUGUCGAUCGGAAUCCGGAAAAAUUAAAGUAAUCCGCCGCGCUCCGCAACCAGUCUGGCCAAUCUGAGAAAAGGCAUAGCAUUUUUUCUCACGACAGCAGCGAUCGGGGGAUAGCACGCGGAUACCGUCGUCGGAAAUCCUUUUCCUCGGUGUUGUAGUACGGCAUCGGAACUCCAUUUUCCUUUUCGUUGCUCUGUGCGCUGUAACUUGAUUGUGAUAAUAAAAAUUUAAGUGAUUUACCGACUCAACAAAAAGUCUUCACCGCUGUAUAGGAAAACUUUCGGGAGUUCUUCUGGUGCAUUUGGGUUGGGUUUGUAACCGAGGCGGAUCGAACAGCAACAUUCGCCCUGUAAUUGCACUAGAGCAAAGGGACGGGUUUGUCUCAAAUAAUAUCAGUGGUACGCACACGGGAAGAAUACGAAGAAAAAUUGCGAUAUAUUUAGAGUUUUAGUUUUAACUUCUGUCUAUUAUAUCUGUCCGCCUGAGAGUGUUCACUUCGUACGGAAGAAGGAGAAAAUUGUUCGAACAUUGUUAUUUGUACGAUUUUUCGUUCGAGUAGUUACCAUUUAACUAAAUCAAUUUCUAGUUUAUCUAGUGAGUAGUUUUGUAUCGACGAGCUGUUUGGCAAUUUAGUGACAAAAUGGGUGCUUCAUUACGAGAUUUUCCUCCGACAGGAGACGGUCGCAUUGGAAAAUCAACUAUGGCCGAGCAUGUGUGUGUAUGAAAAUUUUCACGAGUUUGUUCGCAUCGGAAAUCGUGCAUGGUGAAAUAAAACGUGGACAGGUCUCUUCCACAUUUAGACUUUUCAAGGAAUCACUAAUUGGUGCUUUUCUGUGAUAAGUUUUCGUGGAAAUUCCUCUUAAAGCAAAAAGAGCAAGGAAAGACGCUUGUGAGAAACGGUGGUGGCAGGUGGCCGGAAAGGCUCUAUGCAAGUGGUGGCAAAACGAGUGGCGUGCGGAUUUUAUGGGGACGGCAUCGUGGCAUACAAAUACAGGAAAACGCCGCAGUUGCUACAGAGGAACGAAACUAAUGGUGGAAGCGGCUGUUUGAAGGAAUAUAGAGAAAGAGAACCGGUCGGUCGAGAGCAGAGAGUGCGAGAAAAUUUGAUGUGCAAUUCAAGAGCCAAAUUGAACCUCCUUUCUCCAUCCCCUUACUGGGAUAGUGUGUUGUAAUUUUCCAUCUCACAAUAAAUGGAAUGUUGUGAUUACGUAUACAUGUGUGUACAACGAGUAGAUGCAAGUGAAUGACAAUAGCGACUCUCUAUCAAAAUAGAAAUAAACCAUUGUCUUAGGAGGACUUUAAACAGCUAAAGCAGACAAGUGUGAAACUAAUUCACUAGAUGGUUGGUUAACAACGCGGCAACAUAAUAACAAACAAAGGAUAAUGAUUCGGUCAUACAUCAGCUUUAUUCGAAGACCGAACUAGCAACGAAAACAGCAAUAAUGGACACAACGUCAACGUUCGAUCACGGCGGAUGGCAUCUACAGCAACUCGCUGUUUAUGCAUGCGGCCACAUCACACGUCGGCAACAUCGUGCAAGUCCAGACAGCGUCCGGUGUCACAUUCGAGGGAGUCUUCCGGACAUUCUCAUCACAGUUUCAGGUUGUGCUGGAAAUGGCACAUCGCAUUGAUAUCAGCCCGGAAAACGAUAGCAAAAUUAUCGUAGAUUCGGUAGUCGAUCGGCUCAUCUUCAAGCCCUGCGACAUUGUCAGUAUUUCUGCCAAAGACGUCGACCUAGAUUACGCCACUAGAGAUACAUUCAAGACAGACACCGCCAUCUCCCGCUGUAACGGAAACGGCCGGCCGGAGGAACGAGAGCUCGAACCGUGGGACGAAAGUGGCACACUGAAUGGCGACUGUGAGUUCAACUUGGAACUCGAUGCCAAUGCCAAUGGGUGGGACGUGAAUGACAUGUUUCACAAGAACGAGACGAUCUACGGUGUACAGUCAACGUUUGAUCAGUCGCUGUCCGGUUACACGGUACAGAUACAGAAAAAAGAUUCUGACGAUUUCAAAGCACAGGAAACGGAAGCAGAAAGAAUUGCUAAUGAAAUAGAAAAUAAUCCUGUGUACAAGGAUCGUAUUGACCUGGAAAACGGUGACGAAGAAUCAGCCUUUGCUGCUGUGUCUCGGCCGUCGAACUCCAGUCCGCAGCCGUCAUCGGCAGCAUCUCUCUCGCCUGCACAAAGCGUCAAUAGCAUGAACGAUAAAGGUAACGGCUCAGUGAUGCCAUCAAACGCUAAAUACAUUGUACCCGCCAAACGCAAAUCGGGACAAGCUGGUAAGUUGACUGUCCGAAGCACGCCACCUCCGUUAACAAAUAACGGUGGGCCACCUCCGCCACAACAACAGCAACAACAGUCGCCACUACAGCAACCACCAAGCCCACAAGCGCUGACUCACAAGAAUAUUUAUCCCAAUAUGUCAAUGCCUCCACAGCAACAGCAACAACAGCACCCACAACAACAGCAACAACAACAGCAGCAGCAACAACAACAACAACAGCAGCAACAAAUGCAGCAGGCACAAUCACAGCCUCAACCUCCUCCGCCAAGCAAUCAGCAUGGUGGCGGAAUGCAACAACAAACCCCACACGGCUCUCAAUACGGUAUGCAUGCUAAUCAAUCGCCCUACGGUCACGUUCAGCAUCAACCCCAUCAACAACAGCAGCAGCAACAGCAAGUGCCACCACAGCAGCAUAACCAAUCUUCAGUUGUAAAUAGUAAUAAUAACAUGAACAAGAUGAACGGUGAUGGCGGAAGGGGGGACAUGUCGAAUAGCAAUAGCAUGAAUGUAAAUAAUAACACUAAGCCUUUGCCUCAGCGUGCCGUGCGGCAGUAUCCGAGCGCUGCCACGGUUAACUAUAACGAGCCACCGCCAUCGCUCGGACCCCAGCAAAUGCCUGGUCAAAUGCAAACGAUGGGAAAACCACCAAUGCAUGUCACCCAUCCACAUCACGCCGUGGCUACACAUAUGCCACCUCCACCGGUGGUUGCCAACGAUCAGCAGAUUCAAUCUCAGGUGGUCAUUCAACCACAUCACGUUGUGCUGCCCCCGCCCAUUAUUAGCGUUGCUACAGGUCCUGCUCCUUCCCAGCAGCAGCAAAUGCAGCAACCUCCACCGCAGGCGCAGCGCCAAGUGGUUGUUCGAUCGCGUGACAUGGAGGUUGACAAUCUGCGUAAGUUCGGCCAAGACUUCAAGUUGGCUCCACCACAACAGCAGCCGCAAAUGCAAAACGUUCACCAACAACCUCCCCCACAACACAACGUACAACAGAUGCAACAGCAACAACAGCAGGACCAUACAUCACCCAACCAACCACCAAUGGAGUCCUCACCCCCUCUUGCACAGGUUCAGAAGCACACUGUGGAUCACGUGUCACAUCAACAGCAACAACAGCAGAAUCAAUCCUCCCAAACUCCUUCCGGAAUGGUGCACCAACAUCAACCUCAACAUAUGGUUCAAUCUCAACAAACACAGCAACAGCAGCAACAACAACCACAAUCUCAACCACCGCCACUUCAACAACAGCAACAGCAACAACAAGUGCUCCAAAAUCAACAGCAGCACCAAUCCGCAGCAACAACACCCCCGCAAACGGUACCCCCUGUACAUAGCUCUAACAACCAGAUAAACACAUCGAGCAGCAGUAAUAGUAGCACUGGAACCAACUCCAAUGGUUCCGGCCAGAACAGUUCGACCGGGGACAAUGGGUCUGGAAGCACUAACUCGGAUGGUACGGCCAAGGUUGCGCCGAAAAAGACUUUCACGCUAAAUCCAGCAGCUAAACCAUUUACUCCUCGUAGCCCCAGUACUCCCAAUCCUUCACGUCACACGUCUUCUAGCCCACACACACCACAAACACCUGGACCAGUGAUGACUCAGCCGCAGAAUCCCUAUCCGGGUCAACAGCACGUAGCUCCCCAGCAAAUUAUCAUGUCCUACGUGAUGCAACCUCCGCAGACCGCAUUCCAGCCGACACAGCAACAUCCGCACGCAGGCCAGCCAACGCGUAUUCGGAAAGUUUCAGCGUCACCAUCGCCUAGUUGGACGACUGAGAACAAAAGUUGGCCAAAGCCUCAGAUUUGGUUCAAAUGCCUUGAAAAUCUGCCAGUUGCUGCCUCGCAGAUUCAGGUUGCGGCGGCCACAGGGCAGCCUCUGCUGGCUCCAGGCCCGAUCCAAAUGUUCCCGCCUUACCCGCCAACAAUCCAUCCGCAGCAUUUCCAGGCACCGUCAUUCCAACCGUACCGCAUCUACCAUGAAAGCCCGCAGCCAACGCAGCUGCAAUACCUGGCGCCCACGCCGCCCUCGACGACACCGUCGCCCGGUCAGCCACACCAGCAGUAUCAUCCCGGCCCGCAGCCAUCGCCAGCUGCUGGGGGGCCGCCCACAUAUGCUCCAGCCCAUCAGCAGCAACCCCCACACUACCCGAUGAUGUGUCCGAUUGUAGCCGCACCACCGCAGAUGCUACCUACGGUGUACCCCAAUAUGACCCCGGGGGCGGCCCAACAGAACCACCAUCAGCAGAAUCUACACGUUAUGCAUGUUGCGCAGCAUCCAUCCGCUCAGUAGCAUAAAUUCAACGCCACCACCACCAGCAGCAACAACGGCCACCAUCAUCUGCACCACCACCCGCAACACCACCAUCAUCUCCCGCACACCAAUGCAAAUGUCACUACGGUGACCACCAACCACCACCAGAACAGUUACUCGUCGUACGGUGGAAAGACGAUCAAGAACUGAAACUGUUCGGCUGCUGGAGUGGCAUUUGGUUUUGAGUUUUUCGAUGUGUCAUCUGUUGAUUGUACCAAUUAGAAACAAAGCGGCUUACGAAACAUUAGAACCAGAGAAGGUGAUCCUUGUAUCGUGUAUGUGAGUGUGUACUAGAAUGUGUGAGACAGACAAAAAGAGAGGAACGUAAGUAACUACUGUAGCAGAUGGUACAACUACUUUCAGUUGUUUGAUUGUUUUGCGGCGCAAAAUACGUUAGUACUACUAGAGUAGCUAUAUCGAUAGAAUAGAAGCAAAUGGAGUGAGUGGCGGAAUUACGAUGGCAUGCGCUAUAUUUUACUGUAGAAAGGCAACAAGAAAAUGGGUGCGUCGGGGGUUGAACAAAGUUGAAAAGAAGUAAACAGAAAGAAGGAGGUGGAGAUUUAGCAGACAACUUUUAACAAGCAAAAUGCAACCAGUACUAAAGUAGUAGACGGAAACAAAAAAAAAACCUGUGUAGAUUUGAGGAGCAAAGUGAAAGAUGAACGAAUUACGCAUCUGCGCAAGUGAUAAAAUAUUGAGGAUAUUGGGUGUUCAGUAUCGAAAGAGCUAUUUUGUAAACAAAUAGCACAGCAAAAUCGCUCGUUGUAAGAGAAAAAAAAACUAGAGGAAAAGUUCGUUCAUAGUCAACAGGAAAACGAAAGCGAGAUCCCAGAACACUAACAGACAUAUAUUUGUUAUCUUGUUUUUUUUUUACAGAAGUGAGGAAAUAUAAUCGUUUAACUUAUUAUGCAGAACUACUUUGGUAUGAACGAUGAAAAAAAAACACUGGACAAAUGCUGGUGAGCGUUGGAUUGAUCCUACUUAAAAAAACCUCAAUAUUUUUUCAGCAAUGAUCAAUGUUGAUCAAUUAUUUAUUCCUCGAGUUAUAAUUAUGAAUGAGUCAUGAGGGUAGCCUAUCAAGCGUGUAUUUUGCAAAAUAUGUAGAUUCCUACCAAUACUAUUUCGCACUAUUUUUGCAACAAGGUAGUGAUUUGUCACAUACGAAGAAUAUCCAAUUUCAAAAUCUGUACAAAUCCAAUUAAUACAAAAUAAUUUCGGGCUUAUCAAGCUUUGUUGAAUCAAGGUUAUUUACAAAAUGCUAGAAGCAUUAACAUACUUGCGAUUAUUUGUUGUGAAUGAACUGUUAAAUAGUUCAGCCAAACGAAAGUGGCGAUUUGACGUAAGGAUAUAAAUACUCCAUUCAAAGCAUAGGCAAUCUGUUGAUCAUUUUCAUUAUCGCUAUUUAUUUUAAUUUUAAACCUGAAUGUCAACCAAAAUAUCGCUCUGCUGCUUACCAGAAUCAAUAAUAAAACCACGCUGUUCCAGUCGAGUUAUGCUCAACCCUGACUAGGAAAGAUUCUACACUUGGUUCGUUACACUAACCCUGCAAUUGCUUUUUACACUACGAGUUAAUCUCGAAGUCUGUCGUAAAAGGUAUAGCUCCCGUAAGCAACACUAGUUACGACCGAGGGGGAGAUGUGACUUCGAUCUUGGUUUUGAUUUAGCUUUCUGUUACAUUUUGGGAGGGCAAAACACCUCACCCAACAUGUUCAGAUGCUCGGCCGGACGAUGAGACAGAUCUAGUGGUGACAAGUGAUGCUGGAUAAAAUGAAUAAUGGUUCUGCAUCUAGAUAACUCCUCUUUUGCCUAUGUGACUGUACUGGUACCUGUGUUGGUAUCAAUAGAGGACUGUUUUGUACAAGUUUACACAUCUGCCAGACUUUUAAAAACCCAGUAUCUUCAGCGCUGCCCAGCUACUCACCGGAGGAAUGACUGCAAUUAAAAUUAUCCACUUGCUGAGGUGUUAUAUGAUUUUGAAUUUCUAUCAACAAGCUUACCUGGGUGCCAGUAGCUUGCUGCGCACUUUAAAAUUUGCCAUUUGAUCUGUACUCAAAAGUAGAAUCUAUAGAUAUUGAUGCUUUACACGAGAGUGACGAAUAGUUAGCUGCAUCCAUAUCCCAAGGAUGUAAACCACAUCGUUUGAGUCCAUUACUUAAAGUGCGUUCGAGGUUUUCCAUUUUUUAAUCGCUCCGUACCAGUACCCUGGAAGUUAUCUUGUCCGCCUUGACGUAAGUCUUAUCAUCCAUGAUGAGGCAAUGAGGCUUCGUCAGAAUCUCUGUGUACACUUUCCGAGCCCGCGACUCUCCGUACUUUGCCGUUCGUUACGAUUUGGAGCCUUCUGCACUUUGUACGUAUGCAGGUCCUUGGCUCUCUGGAUGAAAUACUUGUACUGAUUCAACUUUUGGGCCACAUCCUUGACCGAAGCGUUGGGAUUCCGCUUAAACGCUUUCACUACAGGCUUGUGAUCCUGAUCACUAAUAGAACAUCCACUCUGACCGCAUUUUUCGAUGCUCAAAGUUUGGUAGUAACGUUUAAUCACACGACUCACUUGACUGCACGAUACCGAUGUCUCGAUGAAAAAGUUGGAGAUUUUCCAGGUGCUUGCGCAAAAUCAAUUCGCAACGCUGCUUUUCGGGUGACGCCAUUUUUUUCAAUUUUUGAAAAACAGACAGCGAUAAAAAUACAGUGUAAACAAUACUCUCUAAACUACUUCUACUCAAAUUUUAAUACCCAAAUGGGCCCAUCAACGGCUGGAUUUGUCGUUGGCAUCUGCCGAUAGGCUUUGAGGGCAAACUUCAACAUGUUCCUCCAUAGCUCUACCCACUGCCAAAAGUCUGGCGGCGACUGAGCUAGCUAAGGGGGGGAUAAUAAUAUCUCAAACCUGAGCGCAAUCUACUGGACCUAAAAAUAGAUAACGAGAGAGAUUUGACCUCGAUCGAGGAGAGGGAGAAGUGACGAUCGGCUUGUAGUAGACAUUGGGAGUCGAUAGAUCAAUUAGUAGGUGUUGGAGGCUGUGGGAUGAUCACGAUACUGUCGGGAAUAUGUGAUGGCAUCAUCACAGUUCCUCGAUGGCGAAGUGGUUAACGCACCCAACUAGAGACUGGGAGAUUGCAGGUUUGAUUCCUGCUUGAGGACAUAUUUUUUCUCAGUAUUUCCAAUAAAAAGGUGAAUUCCUACCGUUCCAGUCAUUCUUUCUCUUUUUGAUUCCCUGUGACACGUUCCUAAAAAUAUACUCGAAAAAGGAAAAAACAAGACUCACGUCAAAACAAGGGUUAUGCAUACCCAAGGGGUUAUUUUUCACAGCAUUUUUCAGUAAUGCAUUUUGACACCCUUUAGAAUGCAAAGUUUUAGCAAAAUAUAUAACUCACCACUGUUCCGUUGCUCAUAUUUUCUCGUUUGUUGACGUUUUUAUUAGUGUAGCUAGGUAUAUAUUUUGAUUCCCCGGCUAUCCUCAAAGAAUCCAAAAGCACCAGGGGCUCUCGCUGUGGAGGGUAAGUCAAGGGCGCAUUGCUACUAUCCUACGCAGAUAACAGCCUAAAACAGAGAAAUCGGCUAUGAAGCACCAUGUGGUGUCUUCCGUAGUUUGGGGAGGGGGGUCAAAAAAUCCGACGAUUCGUCCGCACAGCCGCUAGGUAGGUUCUAACAAAGCAGCAAAGCCAACAUUCCUUGUUAACAGUUAAGGACCAUAGUAUGAGCAGCCAACGAUGUCACUAAACGAAUUGGUUUGUUGUUGAACCGGCCGAUCGGAAGCGAACAGUGAUUUGAUGAAACGAAUGUUGUUCUUUUCAAAUUAAUGGAAUAUAUAAUUUAGGCAAUAGCAGAGUGUUAGUUGUUUGUUUUUCGUACGAAAUGCUUGCUAAAAACCCACUUUGAAAUGAAGGAACAGAUGGGCGAAAUAAAUAUGAACGCUAGUGGUAGUAAGAAUACUACUAAAAAUAGGAAACGUAUGCAAAGCCUUGGUACUACAUUCCGUUGUGGAGCUUGACCUUCAGUUUUGAUUGACUUUGCAGCCGAUUCUUAGUGAAUAUGACAAUUACAGAGCUAGGUCUACUAUCUUAUUAACCACUAUGAAUCCUUCCUGGGCGGGGCCCGAACAUACGAUGACUGUCUCAAGAGACCAUUGCGUUAACCUCUGAGCAUCUAGACCAAGAUGAUAAAAAAAUAAAUUAUUCGUCGUCCAACCCGUCCCAAACAGAUUGACGUAAAACCGCAGGCGAGGAGAUCUCCCCAUAAAACCAGAAUCUUCUGAUCCAAACCAGCUCUGAGUGAAACCCGGAAAGGUGACAACACUAUUUUCAAUAACGAAGUCGCAGUAUUGAGUUUUUGUAUCCUUUGCCCAUACGAGAUUUGUUUCGUCCCUUCAAGUUUCAUUUAAAAUUUUGUAUUACUAAUUUCAACCACGAAAAUAUCGUAAAAACCGGUCAAAACAAUCUGUCCAAAAUUCAAUGAUUUUUUUUUUGCAACUAACUAAAUGAUGUGUCCGGCAAAAUAAUGAAACUUUCCAAAUUGAUUCUGGUGCUACGUCGCUUAUGGAACAUCCUGUUGGAAAAUUAACUCACUUGUCCGUUCAUGACUCAUUUAAGACCAAACUACACUUCCGGUGAAAAUUUCAACGUGUCGACAUGUUGGUUUUCACCGAGUGCUAGAUAAUUCGCUUUUUUCACCUUGAUUGGGCGAAUUACUCGUGCUGUGGUGGACCAAUUUUGUGGCGCUGCGAGUUUAUCGUCGGUUAGUCACAAAAAGUAAAGUCCACUGGACUAUAAACGAAAAUUAGCUGGCAAUAUAGCUUUAUAUGCUGUGCCAUUUUGGGCUUUGUUUCACAAACAAGCCAAACAGAAGCGAAGAAGAAGAAGAAGACCAAACUACUGUUGUCUAACUGUACAUUUCUCUAUUUUACAACGCUUGUUUUUUUUCAUUGGAUCCUCAACGCCGUCAGUCCAACGCUCAGAAUGAUUAUUUCAUCUAUUCACUAAAUAUACCAACAGUUCAGCUCAAAUUUGUUCUUAUUCCUAAAGAAUAGCUCAAAAAAAUCUAAAAACAGUAAAUUGACAUCCAUAUUUUUCUGUAAUUAUCCGAACAAAAAAUGCAAAACACUGAAGUUUACGGAAGAAUAACGUAGCAAAAGAACGAAUCGUUUAGGGGGCACCUUAGGUAAAUGAAUUUACUACUACUCAACCGUAUCGGAACACGAUCCUGAAAGCGGUUUGUUAAAGAAAAAGAGAGAAAGCAAGAACGAAACGAACGUAUGAUUGUGACAGGAGCCGAAACGCGCGGAAUACUUAGAAGACUAUGUACUGCACUUUUUGACUUACUGAAUGAGUUCCGAGGUUAUGUAUAAAUAAAUGCGAACAUAUUCAUUUGCGCGAAAGCAAAGCGAGUGUGAACGUGAUUCGAGUGCAAGCACUAAUAGUCAAAGAAGAGAACUGAACAUAAGCAUCAACAGAGCGGGAGAGUCAGUUGAAGUAAAGAGGCGAGGGAAUCGAAUAACUAUAGCCAAUAAAACAAAUGUAACUUAUUAAAAAUGAACACUAGCAAAAGAAAACUAACAAAAAAACACGAGACAGUAGUGAGUGGAACAGAGCCGCGUAAGCCACUACACAAGUUACACGGGGAAAAUCGGUGCUAAUAUACUGUGACCGAACGGAGGCGAAAGGAGAGUUUGAAACGAUAUUCGCAGCAAUUUGCCGAUGAAAAGCACCAGGAAAGAAGUUAUACACAGCAGGCACCAUGUAAAACAUGUAGAAUCAAAACAGGCAAAGGAGUAAGAAGAAUAAGAGAAAAAACAAGCAAAUGUCAAUUUGCAAAGGGGUGACAACAGAAUUAUAAAAGGGAUAGGUCUUAAAACACAGAAGAAAAUUAGUAAGCCCAUAGUGGACGAUGCGGAUCGUUUAUUCGAUCCUCUCAGUUGUUGACGAUACGUUGGUAAGACAAUGAAAAGGGUAACUCACCUCACAGUGAUGGUUGAUUGACUUCCAGACUAAUGUUAGUAUUAGGCUGGCGCAACGUUCUAUGAAAAAAUGCAAAAAACUACAAACUUCUCGAUAAACAUAUGAUUACGACGUACAAGCCAACUGUAAAACUUCUCUUUGAAGGGAAAUUCCGGAUAAAUCGUAACUAACCGUUCACAGCUUACCGCAGCUAAAGGAACGGAUAUUUUUCUCUUGUACAUUACCAAUAUCUGUGACUGGCGAGUAACGGUUUGUCCAGAAUUUCACCUCAAAGUGAAUUUUGACAGUUGGAUUUUACACCUUAAUAAUGUGUUUGUCUAGACUUACCAACUUUUCUCCUGACAGUUUGGAAAGCAUCUUAAAAACUCAGCACAUUUGGUCAACGAAAUUUGUUUCCGCAAAAGCUUUAAUUUGAAGUUUACCAAAUGUAUGGAAAUGGAACGAAUUUCACAUUUUUGGCUCUAGGAGGCGCUAUAUAUAAUGCAUUUUAUUAGCGCGAAAAAAUUCACAAUUACAUUCACCCCUAUUCUGCGCAGCAUGUGACGUGCGACGACCCGAUUCUAAGGAGUCACAACAGUCUGGUUACGAGAGAAUCCAUUUAAUGGUACUGCAAAAUCUUAACUCACCCUAGCCGACUCUCUGAAUCAGUUGAGAAAAGUCACAUUGAGUAAAGCGCAGAAUUAGAAUAACAUCAUGUUUUUAAUUUCUUAAAUUAAUUGUCAGAAGUGAAGUACACGUGAUAUUGCCACAUUCGCAAAUUUCAGAGAAGAAUACAGGAUUCCGGGUUGUUGGACCCUUUCCCGCUUAUGGUGUCUGUAGAGGACCACAACUUUAAACAGUUAAAACUUUUGUUUUCCACAAGAUUUGUUUACAAAAAUAAGUAAGCUGGAUUACUAGGGCUAUCACCUUUCAUUUGAGCACUCACAAUUGUUAGUAUUAGUAGUACAACUGAAUUGUAAUUGAAUUAAAUGGAUUCUGUUGAAUCAGUGUUGCCAAGGAUAGUUUCAGUUAAAGGUGAAAAAUGAAGUUUUGAUGUAACUUCGUUGUCUUGCUAUAUUAUUAGAAACUGAAAGUCUAUCAAAUUCGACUGUCUUUCCCAUGCAAUUUGAGUAUUGUAAAUAUUCUAGAAGAAUUGUAUGCAGCAUUGGAAUAUAAAAAUUAAGCAGCUUGUAGCACUGCGAAAGAAGCACAUAUUUUGAACGAGACAGGUUUUUUUGUGUGUUUCAUAACCCCAACAAUUCUAAGUAGAAAUAGUAUUGGAACCCUAUAUAUAGUAAAAAAGUUGGUAAAUAGUUGCUUGGUCCGUCUUUCAAAUAUGUUCGCCAUAGAACUAAAAGAGGGGCCUGAGCGAGACGCUUCGUCCAAAAUGUGCAACUAAUUACACUAGCGGAAGGUGAAAGGAAUACUUACAACGGUCAACAGGUUCACUCGAAACAGAUACCGAAAGUUGUAAUGGAAUAAAAGACACAAUAAGAUGCAUUAAACUCUGCAUUCGAGAAACAUAUGCGAUAGUUGAUAAAUGAAGCUUUCCAUCAAGUCUUUGUUAUUUUUCGUUUACUUUUCAAAAUCAACGUUACAAAUGUUUUCUUUUCCGCAAACGAUCAAAAUUAAAAAGAACGAGAGAGAGAUAGCAAAAGAUUUAGGAAUUUUCCGCCUUAACAUCAUGCAAGCAUCAUUCAAAUAUCAUCAAUGUAUCAGUAAAAGCGAAAACAAACAGCAAGGAAGCUGAAAAACAUCAUAAGCAAACAGUAAAAAGAAAAGAAAACUACUUUUUAUGUUAUUGUGUUUUAUGUUUGCCCUAUAUGUUCCUCGAUAUUGACUGGAAACAGCGUCCUCAGAUGGAAACAGCUGCAAGAAAAGGUUUUCUACUUUUUAAACUACUGCUGAUGAUGAUGACAAAAUGAACAUAGAGGAAAAUUAAAAAAUCGAGGAACAGGAAAAUUGUUUUUAUGAUUAAAAGAUCAUUAUUUUAAGUGAAAUAGAAAAACAAGUCUAAAAAUAAAACAAAAAAAAACGCUAAAAACCGAA